GCAUCGUACCGAUACAAGAUGAAGUCAAGUCGGAUACCGUUCCAACAAAUGCAGUGAAUAUCUUUGCCUCUGGUGGCAGAUACCAAGAGCGGUCGGUCUCUCUCUUUUUCGACUCGGUUCCAUCAUAUAACCUCCAUUGGCAAGAUCAUGCAUACAAGUACAUCAGCAUGACCAAGACGUGGAAACGAAUUGACGAGUUUUCGGAGCACCGUUCGAGUGUAGAUAUGAGGAAAGGAAUACUAUCUCCAGGUGAACAACCAGUAACAAUUGCUGUUUUAGACACCGGUAUUCUAUCCUCGCAUACCGCCUUUAUGUCUGCCGAUGACGGCCCUAAAGGCUACGGGAGAACGAUUAAGGUGAAGAACUUUGUGCCUUCCAGCUACGGGUCAUACGAAAACGAUGAGUGGUUGGAUCGGAACGGUCACGGUACCCACUGCGCGUCCAUCGCAGCCGGUGGCACUUUCAGAGCGUGGAUCCCGGAAAACAAGCAGGAGGGGGCACUCCCGUCAAGGGAGUGUGGGGACAUCGAAUGCGGGGUAGCGCCCUUUGCUACACUCGUCGUAGGAAAGAUUGCCACAACCAAAGGUUUUUCAAAGCCAGAAUGGAUGGCGGAGGCUCUAGAUUGGAUUGUAAAUCUUGAACGUGAAGAUAACAUAAAAGUGGACAUAAUUUCCCUGUCAGUGGGAUAUGCCAAAUUUUCAAAGCGUUUGUUCGAUUCAGUUUGCCGCACUCUUCUUGCGGGGAAAGUUAUCGUAUGCGCGUCAAGCAAUGACGGCAGGCGCCAACAAACAAACAUCAGUUUUCCUGCGAGAUUUGGAAAUGUUCUCUGCGUUGGAAGUCAUUCCAAGAAGGGACAGCCGUCUGAGUUUUCUCCAAAUGGCCGAGAGAUCGACGUUCUAGGUCCGGGUGAAGAUGUUUGGGCUGCGCUGUCUGCCAAUGAGCAUGGUGCUGUGUUCCCGUUCUCGGGGACUUCAGCUGCCACGCCCUUUGUGGCAGGUGUGUGCGCUCUGAUUCUGGUAGCUGCCCAGCGCAUAGGCGGUGAGACCCUACGCAGCAGAGUGUCGAACACGAGCAUGAUGCGUGAAAUCCUCCGCAAGAUGGCGACAAAGCCCGGUCACCAUGACGAGUCAAUGGGCUACGGGAACGUGGAUCCUUGGAAUGUAUUUAACUACGGGAAUGCUUAUUUCAAGAGAAUCAUUGACGAUGUUCUCGAGUUGGAUGACAAUUCAGCACCAACGCGUGUAAAACAACUACCAGAAUAGGUGACCGGUGGGGGAGGCAGAACUCUUACUUUGAAUGGACUAUCACGGCUGUACAAAAUACAGGAUACAAAAAGACCUAAAAAGAGUUAUAAGACUGACUACAUAGCGCGCAAAAAAUUUUGUAGUCAAACAUUUCAAACGAGAAAGAAAAGAGUAUUGCGCAUUCUUUUAUUAUUAUUUUUUUGAACAUUUAAAAAAAUUUUGCAUUGCGUAUCUUUAACGUGCUAAUGUCAAAUGUAUCAGUUAAAAUAGUGAUUCAGGUAGAAAAAAAUCAGUUCUUUAUAAAGAAGUUAACCAGAAGUGAUUUUCAAUAAGAAUAAAUCAGCGAUUAUUCUUCAUUCAACAUUUGUUGUAAAAUAAAUGACUCACACUUUCACUAAUUACAGAUAAUAAUCAAAAUUGAAUCAAACGAGUAAAAGUUUUUGAGUGUAAGUUAAGUUUCACCAAGAGUCAACAAGUGUAGAACAUGUUUUAAGUGUCAGAAAAAGUCAAAGUCAGAAACAGUUUAUGUGAUUGGUUAAUUUCAUAACAUAUUUUAAUUUUGAUCAACUGUUUAUCACAUGAUAAACGAGUUUUGGAUAAGGUCCAAGCAUGAGUAAUUCAAAUAAUAUUUUAGAUAUCUUUAAUUGAAAAGAAGUAUCUUAGGGAUUGCCUUAUAAGGAAAUGUUGCACGGUGACUCACAACAUGAGAAUGGAAAAUUCCUUGUAAUCACGCAAAGACAAUGGA